AUGACUAGCGACGAUGAGGACUUUUAUUUUCACGAUUAUUCCGUCCAACCMGUGGUUGCAAAGGAGGCUUUUAAACUCACUGAAGAGCAUAUCAAAGGUUGGUCCUGGACAGAUUAUGCACUUGGUAUAGCAGGAGGUACUCUAGCUGUAGUUGCAGCACCUGUUGCUCUUGGUGCUGCAGGAUUCACAGCAGGAGGAGUUGCUGCAGGUUCGCUGGCUGCUGGAGUCCAGUCUGCAGUGUAUGGAGGAGCUGUAGCUUCGAGCAGCGUUUUUGCAGGCCUUCAAAGUGCAGGCGCGGCUGGAAUAGGAGUCAAGACAACGAUUGCUGUCUUUUCCACUUCUGCAGGAGCGACUGUUUACCUCAAGGACAAGGCUUCUGACGAAUAA